CAACACCCUGACACUCUCAGACAGAGAGGUUAAUGGAUAGUGAUCGGAUAGGUUAGACAUACCUGUGGAUGUAUAUGUCAUGGAUCUCCAUCUCACCUGGAGGAUACUCUGCGUCUGGCUUUGGACCACAGCAUGCUGGGUGGAUGUUCUGGGGCAGGGGACCAGGGCUGGGGCUGUCCCUCACCUGUCAAAUAAAGAUGUUCUACUGUUGGCGGAUGAUGCAGAUCCAAAGUGUUUUACCAGGACACAGUAUGACUUCACCUGUUUCUGGGAGACACCAGGCAACAACUCGUAUGACUUCUUCUAUAGUAAUGAUGAUGGGGAGGAGAAGAGGUGUAAUCUUACCCUCCAGAGGACGGAGGAGAGGGGGGCAGUCCUCCAUGUCUGCUCCUUCCCUCCCUCUGAUGUCUUCCUGUUCAUCUUCACACACAUCAGAGUGUUGGAGAGCAGCUCCAACUACACACUCUAUGCACGCACUGUCAGCGUCGAGGACCAGGUUCUCCUGGAUCCCCCUGUGAAUGUAUCCCUUCACCCAACAGGGCAGACUGGGCAGUUCCAGGUGGCGUGGCACACACCCAGAGAGUGGGAGAACAACAUGCAGUAUGGGAUACGAUACUCCUCCCAGAGCCUGAGGGAAAGAACGGAACUGAUAAAGCCAGUGAGGUCCCCCAUCCACAGCCUGGUCUCUCUAGCGCCAGGGGAGGUGGUCAGCGUCCAGCUGAGGGUCAAACCCAUUGGCUACAGCGAGAAAGAGACCAGCGGUCAUUGGAGCGACUGGUCGGUCCCCAAAACUGCCAUGGUUCCCCAGAGUGCAGCUGAUAUCUCAUUGUUGUGCCACACUUCUGACCUGCAAAACAUCACCUGCCAAUGGAAUGGGCAGGCCUACAGAGAUGAUACCUACACCAUAUACUACACGCUGGGACCCAGUGAAAGUGAGGGCUGGAGAGAGUGUACGCAGAAUGAGAACACCUCCUACCAUUGCAGUUUCCAUGGAGCAGAGUCCAGUGAGAUACGGGUCAAACUCAGCGCUGGUCCUGCUACUUCCAGGCGGACCUUCUACACUGAGCCUUUCAGACUCAACAACAGCAUUCAAACAGCCCCUCCGGGGAGGCUGAGGGGACAGUGGGAGGGGGGCAGGCUGCGUCUGAAAUGGGACAUCCCUCUAUUGGCCCUGUCUGUCCACCUGAUGUACCAGCUCUGCUACCAGCCUCGAGAGGAGACUGUCUGGAAGCUGGUGACCCUGCAGGGCCCAGAGACCAGUUCCUGUCUGGACAUUCAGACUGGAGUUCAGUACUACAUCCAGGUCAGAGCCAGACCCAACGGGUCAGUCUACGCUGGCUACUGGAGCGACUGGUCACCCCGACUCACUGUGGACACGCCCUCAGACUUAGGUGCCCUCAUCCCCUGCAUCCCUCUCAUGAUGCUCAUUGUCUCAGUCGUCUUCAUCUCCAUGUUCUCCAGGUAUCUCACUAAGCUCAAACAGUAUCUGUGGCCACCAGUCCCAAACCUUGACAAAGUACUGCACGGCUUCCUGACAGAUAUCAAUGGACAAAACGACCCUCCCUUCAACAUCAAGCAGUGUUCAGAGGAGACCCCAGCCUGUGUCGUGGAGAUCAUGUCUGAGAGGGAGGCUCCAGGCAGAGGGAUGCUUCCCAGGGAGUUCUCCUUACUACUCUCCCCAGAACAAGACACCUCAGGCGGGGAGGAGGAGAGCCCUCCUACCCUGUUCCUGGAGGUCAGUCCGGACUACGUGACCCUGACCACGGAUGAUGUCAUCCCCCGUCUCCGAGGGAACGAGUACGUGUACGAUGGGGAGGUGGGGGCGGAGUCUCAGAGCCUGGGGGUGGGGGGAGAGGAGGUGCUCCAGGAGAGGUGUCACUGCUCCUUCACUAGGUCCUCCAGCUUCCCAUCAUCCUCUAGUAUAACAGACAUCCUCAACCGCUCCUACCUACUGCUGGCCGAGCAGCCCAUAAAGAGACUGGACUGUCCAGGGCAGCAGGGCACCCCCCAAAGCAGCAGGACCUAUGCCAACCUGGAUGGCACAAGCUCAGCCAACACAAAUGCCUGAUUGUGCUGUGCCAGAGUGCCAACAAGGGCACACAAACGCAUGAGAAAGACAUGGGAAAAAUAAAAGAAACCAAGUACAAAACACAAGGGGGAGGCUUUAAAUAUAAAAAGUGCUAUUCUCAAAACAAGGAUGUAUUUAGGAUAUUCAACGUUGCACAAUGCUGGAUGAAAUAUCUUAAUUUGUCUAGGAACAUGUAAGACACAGCUCAAGUGUGCUUGUGGAUAUAAAAUGGUCUUCAGAAUGGACAGUUACAAAACAUCAACACAAUAUCCAUUACAUCACCACUAAAACAGGUCAUUGAAUAUGUCAUUAACUUGGGCUCCCGAGUGGCGCAGCGGUCUAAGGCACUGCAUCUCAUUGCUUGAGGCGUCACUACAGAC